AAACCACAGGAGGGGGGAAAGAAGGUGCGCCCCACGUCGGGAUGUAAACAGACUAGUUGCCCUAGAAAAGCAGGGGCGCGGCUGGAACAGGGACACGUUCGCUGCCCAUGCUUUGUACACAUAAUAACAAUUACGGGGACGAGAAGCACCUGUGCUGUCGGUUGAGUGGACAAAGUGGACUACACAGCAGUGGCAGCCAGUCGCCAGGCCCCGUUUUCCGCUCGCUUUCCCAGACGAGUCUCACCGCCAGCCCGCCAGCCCAAAAUCAACAACAAUCAAUAACCCAAAGGAAAGGGAACUAAUUAUAACUCCAUUCUUUUUCUACCCUCUGCCCAAAAGCCACCCGACUCUUUUUGCCUUUCACAUCCACAUCCACACCUCUCUCCUUCUCUCGUCUUGCCCAUUCGUCUCGACUCGGUUUCCUGCCCAGCUUCACCAAGCUUCGAAACAUCCUUCAGCCGCCAAAAUGCGUGAGAUUGUUCAUCUUCAGACCGGCCAGUGCGGUAACCAGAUUGGUGCUGCCUUCUGGCAAACCAUCUCUGGCGAGCACGGUCUUGACAGCAAUGGAGUCUACAACGGCACUUCGGAGCUCCAGCUCGAGCGCAUGAGCGUCUACUUCAACGAGGCUUCCGGCAACAAGUACGUGCCCCGUGCCGUCCUCGUCGAUCUCGAGCCCGGUACCAUGGACGCCGUCCGUGCUGGUCCCUUCGGUCAGCUCUUCCGUCCCGACAACUUCGUCUUCGGCCAGUCCGGUGCUGGCAACAACUGGGCCAAGGGUCAUUACACCGAGGGUGCCGAGCUCGUCGACCAGGUCCUCGACGUCGUCCGUCGUGAGGCCGAGGCCUGCGACUGCCUCCAGGGCUUCCAGAUCACCCACUCCCUCGGUGGUGGUACUGGUGCCGGUAUGGGUACCUUGUUGAUCUCCAAGAUCCGCGAGGAGUUCCCCGACCGCAUGAUGGCCACCUUCUCCGUCGUGCCCUCCCCCAAGGUCUCCGACACCGUCGUCGAGCCCUACAACGCCACCCUCUCGGUCCACCAGCUGGUCGAGAACUCGGACGAGACCUUCUGCAUUGACAACGAGGCUCUCUACGACAUCUGCAUGCGCACCCUCAAGCUGUCCAACCCCUCGUACGGCGACCUGAACCACCUCGUCUCCGCCGUCAUGUCGGGUGUCACCACUUGCUUGCGUUUCCCCGGCCAGCUCAACUCGGAUCUCCGCAAGUUGGCUGUCAACAUGGUUCCCUUCCCCCGUCUGCACUUCUUCAUGGUCGGCUUCGCCCCUCUGACCAGCCGUGGUGCUCACUCUUUCCGUGCCGUCACCGUUCCCGAGCUGACCCAGCAGAUGUUCGACCCCAAGAACAUGAUGGCUGCCUCCGACUUCCGCAACGGUCGUUACCUCACCUGCUCUGCCAUCUUCCGCGGAAAGGUCUCCAUGAAGGAGGUCGAGGACCAGAUGCGCAACGUCCAGAACAAGAACUCGUCCUACUUCGUUGAGUGGAUCCCCAACAACGUCCAGACCGCUCUCUGCUCCAUCCCCCCCCGCGGCCUCAAGAUGUCGUCUACCUUUGUUGGUAACUCGACUGCCAUCCAAGAGCUCUUCAAGCGUGUCGGCGAGCAGUUCACUGCCAUGUUCCGUCGCAAGGCUUUCUUGCAUUGGUACACUGGUGAGGGUAUGGACGAGAUGGAGUUCACCGAGGCCGAGUCCAACAUGAACGAUCUGGUCAGUGAGUACCAGCAAUACCAGGAUGCUGGUGUUGACGAGGAGGAGGAGUACGAGGAGGAGGAGCCUCUGCCCGAGGAGGAGUAAGCAGCUCACCCAUUUGACCAGCUGUAAUACCACGCCGGAUCACACUGCGAGCGAGCGGGCUAAUUAAAUCGAUUUCGAUGCACUACUCUGUUUCACUUUGGCCUAUAAUACCCCCAUCCUACUCUUCUGUCCCAGCCAGUACUGUCACCUAUUCCAAAGGCUAGGCCAUACCAUGCCUCGAAGGCAUGGGGCAGCCCUUGUUAGAUAUCCCCUUGGGCUAUGUCGUCAAGUUGUCUAGAACGGAAAAGAAGGGAAAUCCCUAUUAUUUACGAAUAGUGACAAGAAGAGAAUUGACAUUCUUGUACCAAUCAUGAUCAUGGGAUAAUUCUAAGAUGACUUGCAGAGCAAUGUGAACAAAACCAACACGUGGCUUUUGGUAAAUCAUGCCCUUGAGAGACAGGACGUAAUGGCUCAUGAUUCCUGUUGCACA